AGGGAGCCCGACAAACCAAGAUGGCGACCUACGGCAAAGCAGGAAAGAGGUUUUACUUGGACUAAAACUCAUUCCGAGAGCAGUUUUUGUCGAACUUUCAUCGUGGAUAGGCUUCGUUUGGAUUUCACAAGAGGGGACUGAGUUGAUACUGGGUCUAAAUGGCUGCGAGGAGGUCUGGAUCAGAUGCGCAUAACAAUGGACCCACCUGCUACCUUGAUGAUGUUCCUUUCAAGUUAAACGACAAAUUCCGAUGUCCAGCUAAAGUGGGGUUACCCGUUGGUUUCUGUAUGCCAGAUUAUAAAGCUGUACUUGCAGACACAAAGUAUGACUUUACACUGGAGAGGCGUAGCAUUCGCUGGGGGAUGGAUCUUGCUGAUGCCAGAGCAGCAGCCGUCAGAGCAGAGGAAGCAGCAGCCAAGCAGGAGGCUGAGAGCAGGGAGUCGGUGUCUGGGGACAUUGAUGGAGGUGGAGGGAACAACCUUCGCUCUGCGGCAGAGGACCAGGACCUUCCACCACCAGCGCUGAACCCUGUCCUGGCAGGGCUGAGUCACAACGCCAUCCUCACUCCACUGCCUGCCCCCAGACUUGGCCCCAGAAUAUCCCAGGACAACACUCCACAGCCACAAAACCUCAAUCUAGCCGACUUUGAGCGGGAGGAAGACCCCUUUGACAAGCUAGAACUGAAAACCCUGGAUGAUAAGGAAGAGUUGAGAAACAUUCUACAGAGCCAACCUCAACCUCCACCUUCUGUAUCUCCACCUCAGCAGGGUUCAGUAUCUCGUGGAAACAGCCCGUCUCCACCCGGCACCAACACCAGCAUCUCAUCCAAACCAGGCUUUGCUCACAAACCAAACGGUUUGGUUGCACUGCUUGAUAUAGACAAAGUCGGACAUCCCGGAAGAGCGGGCUUAGAAACAGACGAUCGGCCUUGUAACAUCCGCUCUCUGACUUUCCCCAAACUCUCUGAUUCUGGCGAACCAGAGUCAAUAAAAAGCAGCCCUGCAUCUGAACCUAUUCCUUCUCCCCGACGGAACCUACCUAGGUUCCAUCCGCCAUCGUUACCAAAAACACAAGUUAUUAUUGCCCCUGAGCCUCCCAGCCACAUCAAGGGUGGAACACCGAAACCGACCAACCCUGGAACAGGAUCUACUGGUCUGCCAUGUGGGGGAGCUCUUCUCAGCAUGACGCCCAGUGAACGUCAGUGUGUGGAGACUCUGGUGGGAAUGGGUUACUCUUAUGAGGAAGUUCUACGGGCCAUGCAGAGACAAGGCCAGAAUGUGGAGCAGGUAUUGGACUAUCUGGAUGUUCAUGGCCGUCUCUGUGAGAGGGGCUUUGAUGCCAGUGCUGUGGAAGAGUGUUUAGAGAUGUACCACUGCUCAGAGGAAAAGGCCUUGCAGUAUCUUGAGCUCAUGUCCAGAUUUGGUGAAAUGGGGUUUGAGAGAGACGCCAUCAAAGAGGUUCUGUUGGUACACAACAACGAUCAGGACAAGGCUCUGGAGGAUCUGAUGGCGCGUGCCGCCGCAAGCUGAGCCAAGGCAGAGGGCAAGCCAGCGCUCUACCCUGGUCAUCUGUCACCGCUCCCAUCCUCGAGUCCUUUUCCCUCUGCCUACUUUAUCUCACUACUCCCUACCCUUUUGCCUUGGAUGUGGGAAGGACACCUGGGAGGCGAUUCCUGUCUGUGCUAAAACAUACCAUGCUGCAGCACUUCUGAAAACUGUGUGCCUAGAUUGGAUUGAGUUUACCUGUACCAAUACUAAAUGCUGAUUUCAGGUACCGCUGUGUUAUUGGAGUUUUUGAUGACUGAGCUGUCAUUUCGAUGCUACUCUUUGCUUCCUCCUGCUGCAAAAGCAAAUGGGGAGGAGUUAGUGGCAGGCUCUGUGCACAUCAUGGGGAGACUUGAGGGAACUUCAAGAAAACUCUUAAAUAACAAAGCUGCCAUCUUCCACUGCUUGUUGCAGGCGUCGCACAUGGUGAUGGGUGUGAAAAGGUCGAGAGAAGGCCCAGUUUGGAAUUAAACCAGCUCAACGUAAAAAAAAAAAAAAAAAAAAAAGGCACAAUUACCGUACAGAGCUGACUCUCAAGAAGUGCCCUCUGAGCUGUUGUGCCCUGGACCUAUAUCUGUUCUUUAUGCUUUCUUACAUUCAUGUCUUACUUGUUUCUGUUCAGUUUGGACAUCAAUUCUUGUCAGUUUAAAGGUUGCAUUUAUAUAAUUUCUGUUAUAGGAAUUUGAUUAUAGACCAUUAGUCAUAAAAACUCUGUUUGUGAAAGAGUGCCCUGCUGCGCUCCUCAGCCUUCACUGGGGAAAAAAAAAACCUUGAUACAGUGGGAAAUGUGGAAUCUUUUUUUCUAAAACAAGUACAGUAUAUCCAUUGCCCCAGUGUCACUCAUACAACAGGUUUCACCAUUCUAAUAUUUAAAAUUCUACACUGACACUUUGAGUUAAGAUUUAUGAAGAGUUUGGUGUGAUUAUGUAAGAUAUGUCAACGUACAAAUGUGACGUUUACAGACUGGAAAACAUGGAGGCAAAAAGAUGUGAGGGUUCUUUUUUUUUGCAGCCAAAUCAUAGUGCAAUAGAGACAUUUCAUUUGUUAUGACUGUUGACUUGCACUUUGAGCCUCCAAAAAUGUUGAAAGGAAUGGUCUGUAAAGCCUUACUGGAUAUGCGGUUGAAAGAAAAGUUUCUAUUUUAUUGAUUUCUGUCGUUUUCUUCCUUACUAUCAAACCAGAGGGAUGGAGAGUUGAUUUUCCUCUAAUGUAUUUGAACAUUUAUGUGGCGUCUAUUUUUUUGUUUUUAGUUACAUUUUUUUUUUCUGAUUGGAUGAUCAUCAAACAGGAGAAAAUAAUUUUUAUUGCUAAGUGUCAAUGGGCUUUUGAAACAAUAUUUUCUCAACUUGAGUAGCAGCAGGAAUGACUGAGAUUUACAUUUACAUGGUAUAGUUUAUUGAUAUGUGAGAUGUAUCAAGGCCAUCAUAAGCGAUUAAAACCUUAAAAUGAAGAAAAAUAGGUUCCCAAAACUGGCUCUGUGCCUCAGUGGGGCCCAGUAUAUCAUCCAUUGUUCAAAGGCAAGCACUCUAAUCUAUAUAAGGCAGCAGAUUCCCUCAAUAUGAGUCUAGUAAAAAGUAAAAAGGCUGUCGUAUCGCACAACAAAGGGUAGCACAUGUGUAUAACAUAAUCGAAUUGUUUUUAUUUAAAAAAGAUGAGCAACAGUUUUCUCAUAUUGUUGCUUAAUUUAACAUUAAUUUGUAUGAUAAACUUAACAUUUAUACUAAAAUAUGCACAUCAGUAAAAGAAGUGUUAAAAAAAAAUAUAGAUUUUAAUAUAUUGACUUAUUUAGGUGAAAAAGGCUUUCCGAACCAACCUGUCACUGUUAUAAAAGGAUUCAGCUGUAAAUAUCUAGAGUGGCUGGGUUUAGGUUCAUUAGCAAUACCCAGACCUUACUAUGGCCAUAUCUGUAGAAUCAGAGUCGUAUUAAUAGAAUACAUCAAAUGGAAGUAGGACCAAAGAGAACAAAAUUAGAACAAAUGUGAAACGUCAGCCUACAGUGAGAGUCCAUCUUUCAAAAAUGGCCGACACUGGAAAGACUAGCCUACCAAAACUAUUGUAAGAGGACUUCGAUGACUCAUUCAGGAAGUUUCCACCCAGCCCUCAAGAUCGGAUCUGAUGUACUUCAAGCCUCACCUGAUCACAGUUCCUAAUUCAGUAGUUUGAGAGACACUGACUCAGUGGCAGACAUCCAAGGCCAGAACCACUGCUGACAAAAAGAUCCUAAAGAAUUGUCUUACGUUCUCCUCUGCAAACACUAAGACCUGCAUAGUGGUGAUAGUUUCAUGAUACGUAGGACAGUUUAAGGAGGAAUUUCUUUUAACCUUUACCUAAAAAUCCUCCCAGAGAUUGCCUGACCCAUCAGUUUGUGACCAGAAGCCAAAGGGACACUUAGGUCAUGCAAGAUGAAAGAACAGCAAAUAGUGCGGCGCCCUUGUGGCCUAGUUAAAGCUCCAAUUUAAACAUGCUGUUGUGGCAUCAAGAAUCACCAGAGGUGACUGAACAUGAACAUUGAAUCAAACUUCCCCCACAGCAGUGUAAGAGACUCACUUUCAGUCAUUGCAAACACUAAAUUGAGUUGUUACUGCUUAAGGUGGUAAAAAAAAAAAGUAUAAAAU